AUGGCCGAUGGCCGUCCCAUACCGCCCAAGGCCUCGAGCCGUGAACAUCCCUUUUCCUCAUCAUGGACUGGCGGAGGAUCCUGGAUCGGCACGCCGCGCGCCGAGGAUAUUGUCGCACGCGAUCUGGCCGAGCUCUCCGAGGACGACGACGCCAUGGACAAUGCCAUCGACUCGGACAGCGACUUGUCCGCUGACGAAGGGCCAACGCUGUACCGUCGACCCAGCGGCGUCGCCUAUGGCACAUCGAGGCCCGUCAUGAAUCCGCAGACCAACCCCGAAAGCACCCCAUUUCUCACACGUGUCGAGAAGAAGCAGAGCCGUGACGCCGAGAGGAGCCUGUUGCGGGACAACCAUGUGCUGCCGCCCAAGAGGCCGCGGGGCCCAGACGAGCCCUUCUAUCGCAGGGCGUACCGCCGCCUCUUCAGCACAAAGGUGCCCCGGCAGACGCAGGACGACGAAGAGACGCCGGACGAGGCGACGUCCCUGCUCGUCGGCGCCGACACGCCAGCUGCAGCGGCCAGCAGCAGCGCACAUGCCGCCGCCGCCGCCGCCGACGGCCCCGAGAACCUGACAGAACAAUGGGAGGCGGCUGUCGCUUCGGGCACCCUACGCACGACGUGGCAGCGCGAGGCCAAGACCAUCAUCUCCUACGCUCUGCCCCUGGUCGGUACCUUUAUGCUGCAGUACUCGAUCAACGUCGUGUCCAUCUUCACCGUCGGCCGCAUCGGCCGCCUCGAGCUCGGCGCCGUCAGCCUCGCCACCAUGACGGCGACCAUCACCUGCUACGCGCCCUUCCAGGGCCUCGCCACCUCGCUCGACACGCUCUGCGCCCAGGCCUACGGCUCCGGCCACCGCCACCUCGUCGGCCUGCAGCUGCAGCGCAUGAUCUUCUUCCUGCUGCUCUCCUUCCUCCCCGUCGCCGUGCUGUGGUACCACUCGGACGCCGUGCUGGCCCUCAUGAUCCCCGAGCCCGAGUCGGCGCGCCUCGUGGGCCAGUAUCUGCGCGUCCUCAUCUUCGGCGGCCCCGCCUUUGUCUGCUUCGAGGGCGGCAAGCGCUUCGUGCAGGCGCAGGGCCUCUUCCAGGCGACGACCUGGGUCCUCCUCGUCGUCGCGCCCUUCAACGUCUUCAUCAACUGGUUCCUCGUCUGGCACAUGGAGCUCGGCUACAUCGGCGCGCCCAUCGCCUCGACCAUCACCCAGAACCUGCUGCCGCUGUGCCUGCUGCUCUACGUCCGCUUCGUCGACGGCCGCCAGUGCUGGGGCGGCUUCAGCCGCCGCGCCUUCAGCAACUGGGGCGCCAUGCUGUGGCUCGCGCUGCCGGGCAUGAUCAUGAUCCAGGCCGAGUACAUGGCCUUCGAGGUCCUGACGCUCUUCUCGAGCCGCUUCGGCGCCAGCUACCUCGCCGCCCAGAGCGUGCUCGUCACCCUGACGGCCAUCAGCUACCAGAUCCCCUUCCCCAUCUCCAUUGCCGCCUCGACCCGCAUCGCCAACCUCAUCGGCGCCGGCCUCGUCGACGCCGCCAAGACGACGGGCCGCGUCGCCACCAUAGCCGCCCUCACCUCGGGCGUCUUCAACUUCAUCCUCUUCAGCUCCCUGCGCUACCACCUGCCGCUGCUCUUCACCGACGACGACGAGGUCAUUGAGAUUGUCGCCGCCGUGCUGCCCAUCUGCGCCGCCAUGAUGGUCUUCGACGGCCUCAGCACCGGCGCCCACGGCCUGCUGCGCGGCAUCGGGCGCCCCUCCAUCGGAGGCUACGCCGGCAUCUCCGUCUACUACCUCAUCGCGCUGCCCGUGUCGCUGGGCACGGCCUUUGGGCUCGGCUGGAAGCUGUCUGGCCUGUGGUUCGGCGUCACCAUCGGACUGCUGCUUGUGUCUGUGAUUGAGUACACGUUUGUCUACCUCACCGACUGGCACAGGGCUGCGCGGGAGGCCGAGAGGCGCAACGCCGCUGGGUGA